GUCGUCUGCAUGUCCAGCCCACUACUCCGCAGAGGACGAAUAGUUUACAAUCUUAGAGAGAGAAACUAUUUACAUUUUAGAGAGAGAAACUUAGGCAACGAAGGAGCACGAAGACGAACGUACAAUUUUUUUUUUUUUAAAAAUGUCUGGAAAAUCACACACACUCACGCACUGACAUAUACAUGUUUAUGUUUGCAUAAGCUUCUCUAUUUCUGUAUCGAUAUAUAAUCAUAUACACACUCUUGGGAAUGGAAUUUUAUUGCUUCCAUUUCUAGGGCAAAAUUGAGGUACCUACAAAACCCUAGAAUCCGGAGGGAGUGUCCAGGAGGAUCAAUUUUCUACCCUACCUUGCAAUUCUCGGGACCUAUACACAAUCCAGGGGGUGUUAUUCAUGUGUUGAAUAUAUGGAAGAGGGAUACCUGUAGCUAUUUAGAUAGGAAUGCAUGGAUGCAGUUCGGCAUCUGCUUUAAUAGUCCAUGCUGAGGUUGAUUCGAUGGGAGGCGUUGUUGAAGGCGGAGUUGAUGUUGGUGUUGGGACCAAGACUUCUCCGCGACGUAUAGCCAUUGAGAAGGUUCAAGCGGAGCUCAGGCAGGAGUAUGAUGUUCGAGAGGAAAGGAGGAGGGAGUUGGAAUUUCUUGAGAAAGGCGGCAAUCCUUUAGAUUUCAACUGUGGUAAAGCAGCUUCAGUUAGUGUCCAGUCCACUUCUCAGACCGAUCAACAGCCUGAACUCUUUGUGACCAGCGAAGCCAAAGGCAGUUUUGCAUUUACUGCUUCGCCUCAUGGAGAUUCAGUUGAAAGCAGUGGGAGGCCCAGAGCUCAUUCCACUUGUGAACCCAAUAGUGCUGAUAAUCUCAUGUUAUUUGACGGUGAAAAUGAUUUUAUUGAAGGUGAUAGGGUCGCUGCACAGCCCAAUAGGACUAAUGUUGUCUCAACGGAGCAUUUGUCCCAGCGAGAUGGAAAUUCAAAUGCAAAAGAAUUAGGGGAUUCUGCUGCUUUUAGUCUCCCAAGGAAAGCAUAUAAACGUCGAACUCGGCCAAGCCGUGAUGGUGCUCGAUCAAGUUCUACUGAUGCAGUUCUUGCUCGUGGCUCUCAUGGAUCUUCUCUGCCUUUACGCCAUGGUUUGAGAGAGACCAAAGUAUUGGUAUCUGAUUCAGAAAACCAGAAGGAAGAAAAGGUUUCUGCAAACAGUGAUUCAAAGCCUACUAGUUCAAAUGGUGUUAAGGUUUGCAAGAGUGCACCCUCUGAAGGUCAGGUGGAUAUGGAGUUGGACUGUGUAAAGGCAGUAGAAUCAGUUACCAACCUGAUUAAGGGUGACGCACUGGAUGCUGUUGUCAGUUCUAAUGCUUCGGAAAACAUUCAGAAUGACCAAGUUAAUCAACAAUCAGUCUUGGAUGCUCAAAAAUCAGUUUCAAAAGUUGCUUUUGAGGAAACUGGAUCUUUCAAGGGAAAAGAAGAGGCAGUUGAUAUGGGGCUUGAAUGUCAGCCUCAUGUGCCGGUAAUGCAACCUGAGAAUCAAUCUAGUUCUGGUCAAGUGAAUGGAUUCAGCAGCAUCAAGGGAGAUGACAAAAGAAAUGAUGAUCACAACAACAGUGCUUCAUUGGGUACAAAAGUUUUAGAUUCAGAGUCAUCUUGCACCCAAACUAGCCUUAGUUUAGAUGGGAAUAAUGAUACUGAAAUGUGUACUAAUGUAACGAUUAUUGAUUCUAAUGGCAUUGUUAAAGAGCAAACAUCUGUGGUGGAAGGGAAACCAAUAAUAGACGGCGGUCAACUGGUAGAAGAAAAGACAGAGAUUAAAGCAGAUGAUAGUUUUACUUUCGUAAAUGAUGAAUGUAAUUCUGCUCAGCAAUGCCACAAGGAGAAUGGAUAUAUAGAGAAAGCACAGGAAGAAAUAACUGAAGGUAUAUCUGAUUUACAAAAUGAGGAGAAAAAUCGAAGUGGAAAUGAAGUUAGGGAUCAUAUAGUUGAGAGCACAGAAGCAGAUGGCUGUACUGGUUUGGGUUCAGGAACAGAGAAGAGAAUAAUUGUUCUGUUUGGUGUUAACUCAGAUCCCAAGAAUGAAAAUGGUUGCUCUGUAAUACCUCAGGGUUCUGCUGAUUCCUCCAUACCAAAAGUACCUGAGGCUGCUUCACCAGGUAGGGUUUCAAUUGCUGCUUCAGAGGGACAUACAUCUUCUGAUGUCAAUUUCACGGCAACCAAGGCUGAUGAAGACUCAAUCUUGGAAGAGGCUAGGAUUAUAGAGGCUAAGCGUAAUAGGAUUUCUGAGUUAUCUAUGACAAACUUGCCAAUGGAGAAUCGUAGAAAAACUCAGUGGGAUUUUGUAUUGGAGGAAAUGUCAUGGUUGGCCAAUGAUUUUGCUCAGGAGCGCAUUUGGAAGAAAGCUGCUGCUGCGCAAUUAUGUCACCAAGUUGCGUAUAUGUCCCGGUUAAGAUUUCAUGAACAGAAUAAUAGUUGGGAGCUUAAGAAAGUAGCCCACAUCUUAGCAAGAGCUGUCACAGAGUUCUGGCAAUCUGUACAGGAGGAAAAGAAAGUGCAGGAGCUGCAAUGUUCAAGAAAAGAUUGUUCACUUGCUCUACAGGAAUAUGCAGUGAGAUUUCUGAAAUAUACCAGUUCUGAUGUUGCUCAUAGUCAAGCUGAAGCUCCCAUGACUCCAGAUAGGAUUUCGGAUGUAGGAAUCACAGACAUUUCGUGGGAGGACCAUUUGACAGAAGAGAAUUUAUUCUAUACAGUUCUACCUGGGGCUACAGAAACAUAUAGAAGAUCCAUUGCAUCCCAUGUAGUAAAAUAUGAGAAAACUGGCAGUAGCAUACAAGAAGAAGUGGAGACAUCAGCAUAUGAUGCCAUGGCAGAUGCAGACUUUGGAUCUCAGGAAAAUGCAUAUGAAGAGGAUGAAGGAGAAACAAGCACAUAUGAUACAUCAGCAGCCUUUGAAGGUAGCAAAGCAUUAAGAUUUGCUCAGAAGAAGUGGAAAAACUCGAACAAGGCAUACAAUUCAAGAACAUUUGAAGUUGUAGCAGAUUCACCAUUUAUGCAGUGCAUGGAAAAUAAAGCUGUGAAUCAACAACCUGUGCUAAUGGGAAAACGUCCUGCUGGCAGCCUUAAUGUGUCAUUCCCGACAAAACGUGUGCGGACUAAUAACAGGCAGAGAGUUUUGAGUCCCUUUAGUGCUGGAACAUCAGGAUGUGUUCAGAUGACAACUAAGACGGAUGGAUCAAGUGGUGAUACCAACUCAUUCCAGGAUGAUCAGAGUACUCUGCAUGGUGGAUCCCAUUUGCAGAAUAAUAUGGAGGUUGAGUCAGUGGGGGACUUUGAAAAGCAAUUACCAUUUGACUCCACAGAAAUAUCCACUAAAAAUAAAAAGAAGAAGAAACCAAAGCAUCUGGGAUCUGCAUAUGAACAUAGAUGGCCUCUUGACGCCAAUUUUCAGAAUGAGCAGAGAGAGCAUUCCAAGAAGAGAUCAGAGAGUCUUCAGCUUGAAUCAAAUGGUAGCAGUGGUUUGUUUGGACAACACAUAGUGAAGAAACCAAAGAUGAUGAGGCCAUCACUUGAUAAUUCUUUUGACAGUGGUGCCCCAAUUGGUGGGUCUGCUCCUUCUCCAGUUGCCUCUCAAAUCAGUAACCAAAAUAAGUUGAUGAAGAUGUUUAGUAACCGGGAUCGGGGUAGGAAAAACAAAGGUUUGAAGACGCCUGUUAGCCAGUCUGGGUCUGGAAGUCAGUGGAGUCUAUUUGAAGAACAGGCCCUUGUUGUCCUCGUACAUGAUUUGGGUCCUAAUUGGGAGCUUGUAAGUGAUGCCAUAAACAGUACUUUGCAAUUUAAGUGCAUAUUCCGCAAUCCUAAAGAAUGCAAGGAGCGUCAUAAGAUGUUAAUGGACAGGACUGGGGAUGGGGCUGACAGCGCAGAGGAUUCAGGGUCUUCUCAACCUUAUAAUUCCACACUGCCUGGCAUUCCUAAAGGAAGUGCCAGACAAUUAUUUCAGCGUUUGCAGGGGCCAAUGGAAGAGGAUACCCUCAGAUGUCAUUUUGAAAAGAUCAUAAUGAUUGGGCAGAAGCUCCAUCCUCGGAGGAAGCAGAAUGAUAUCCAGGAUCCGAAGCAACUGCAGCCACCUCACGGCUCUCAUUUACUUGCUCUUUCCCAGUUUUGUCCAAAUUAUCCGAGUGGAGAAUCUAUUCCCACACCUCUCGAUCUUUGUGAUGCAACAACACCAAACUCUGAUAUUGUUCCUCUUGGGUACCAAGGCCCACACACCACCGGAUUAGCUAUGGCAAAUCAGGGCUCCAUGGCCCCAAUGCUUAACACUUGUGCUGCUAAUUCAUCGGGGCCAGGGUCCUCCAAUAUGAUUAUUGGCAAUAACUUUUCGUCCUCGCCAGGUCCAAUCAAUGCUUCUGUUAGGGAUGCAAGAUAUGCUGUUCCUAGGUCAGCAUCUUUGUCAGCUGAGGAACAGCAGAGAAUGCAACAGUAUAAUCAGAUGUUUUCUGGUAGAAACAUUCCGCAGCCAAAUUUGUCAUCUCCCGGAGCUCUUCCUGGAAAUGAUCGUGGAGUUCGCAUGCUACCUGGUGGCAAUGCUGGUAUUAACCGAGGCAUGCCAAUUGCGAGGCCUGGAUUUCAAGGAAUUGCAUCAUCAUCUAUGCUUAACUCUGGUAAUAUGAUCCCCUCUGGCAUGGUGGCGAUGCCCUGUCCUGUUAACAUGCACACUGGAGUUGGUUCUGCGCAAGGGAGCUCAACAAGACCUCGCGAUGCUGUACAUAUGAUGAGGCCUAACCAGAAUCAGGACUCUCAGCGGCAAAUGAUGGGGCCCGAGUUUCAGAUGCAAGUGUCACAAGGAAAUAACCAGGGAAUUCCAACGUUUGGUGCAUUGAGUCCCUCUUUUCCAAACCAGACAGCCUCUCCACCUGUCUCAUCGUACACAGUCCAUCAUCAGCAGCCACAUGGGAUGUCUCCUCAACAGCCACAUGUUAUUAAUCCUCAUCAUCCCCAUCUUCCAGGAACCAAUCAUGCCAGCAGUCCGCAGCAACAAGCCUAUGCCAUGCGCUUGGCUAAAGAAAGACAUCUACAGCAGCAGCGUAUUAUGCAGCAGCAGCAGCAACAGUUUGCAUCAUCUAACUCUAUGAUGCCUCAUGUACAGCCACAGACCCAACUUCCCAUCUCAUCUCCACCACCAAAUAAUUCCCAAAUUCAAUCACAGACACCUUCUCCACCAGUAUCACUCUCUCCCGUGACACCAGCCUCUCCCAUGACGUCCUUGCCACAGCACCAGCAGAAGCAUCAGCUGCUGCCUCAUGCUUCAGCCCGGAAUGCUCAAGCUGCAGGCAGUGGUCAUACAAAUCAGGUCAGCAAGCAAAGGCAGCGCCAGCCGCAGCAGCAACAGUUUCAGCAAACUGGCAGGCAUCAUCCUCAGCAGCGACAACAAACUCAGUCUCAACAGCAAGCCAAAGUUUCAAAAGGAGGGAGAGGGAACAUGAUGAUGCAUCAGAAUAUUGCGAUUGAGCCACCACUACUAAAUGGCAUUUCUACAAAUCCUGCAAACCAAUCUGUUGAGAAAGGGGAACAGGCGAUGCAUUUAUCACAAGGUCAGGCAUUAUAUUCUGCGUCUGCAAUAAACCCUGUUCAAUCAAGCAAACCGUUAAAUCUUUCCUCAAACCAGUCCCACCCUCAACAAAAGUUGUAUCCUGGCCAAUCAUCUACUCUGGCAAAGCAUCUCCAGCAGAUACCAUGUCAUUCUGAUACUAUUAAUCAAGGUCAUGUUUCCCCUGUUGCUUCUGGUCCUUUGUCCACAGGUCAUCAGUCAGUUCCACCACAUGUCAUGUCUUCUUCCAAUCACCAACGAUCACAGGUACAGACAAAUCAAAAGUUGGUGAAUCAGAAUCAACCAUCUGCUCAGAGAGUAUUGCAACAGAAUCGCCAUGUAAAUUCUGACCCGUCAACUAAGCUGCAGGGAAGGGAAGCCCAACCCGACCAGCUCUCUACAGCCAACUCAUCUCAUAUGGGUGUUGCCGCAAAAAUGCCCCUGACAUCCACUGAUGCAGCUAAUAUAACUCAGGUUUUCUCUCCUCCCAGUACUCCUCAGUGGAGAGCUUCAGAGCCACUGUAUGAUACUGGUACAUCAAGUCCAGCAAUAAAUUUGGGUUCCAUUGGGACCCCACCAACGAAUUCUGCUGGUAAUGAGCCUUCAUCUCAAGUUGGGCAACCAGGAUUAGGCCUGAGGCAAUCUUCCGGUAACAUGCCUCUGAUCGGACAGGAUGUUAGUUCACAGUGGCAGCAGCAGGGAUCACAGCUGCAAGAACCUGCCUCACCUAUAUCCAAGCAACAGCAACAUCAACAUCAACAUCAACAUCAACAUCAACUGCAAUCCCAACAGCAGCUGCCACACCUGCAUCACUCUCAGCAACAGACACAGCUUGUGGGGAAUAGCAAUAGCUUAUAUGUUAGACCCACCGACUCCAGACUGGAAUGAAUCAAAUUGUGGUAAGCAAUUUUCGUGGUGGGCUGGUCCUGUCCAUGUUGGGUCGGCAUGCCCCAAACAAUUUAGUGUACAGGUGAAGCUCAAGGUUCUGUACGGCAUCACAAGAUGACAUGCGUUGGAGACUAUUAUUUUGAUGUCUGAAGGGUACUGGCAGGGGCUAAUUUUGGGUGUUUUGUAUAUUACUAUUUACCCAAAGAGCAUUGGGAACAUAGAGACAGAGAGGUAUAUGUACAGGGAUCUCAUCUCUCCUUUUGGUGCCUUCUUUUUUUGUCCAUUUCUUUUUCCCCUUUAAUUGGUUCCCCUGCUCAAGAUUGGAGGGGCUUAUUUGUUUCUGCCCCCAUAGGUCAGCCCUUGUAUUGUUGCCCUUUCGUAUUAGGGGGUAGGUAUCAUUGUUAUGGCCAAAGGCUGUGGGAAAUUUUGUGAAUACUGGUCCUUCAUAUUUUCUUCAAACGGUCAUCAUGUAUCACACUGCCUUAGGAGCCUGUGCUAUUCUGUAAAUUGUUAGCUUGCAUUUAACACAACGAAAAAGAUACUUAAUGUGAUGUUUACCUGUA